CUGAAAAAAGCUGAACAAAAUCGCAAACCUACGCACGCACGGAACCACUGUUAUUCAACAUAACUCAUGCAAAAAUGAUUACAAAAUGUGCCAGAAAUCUACUCCUAUCACAAAAAUACUCUUCCAAAACAGCCUCUUCACCGCACCUCAGCCCAUCUAUUCUUACCGAUGCUGAGCUUCAGCGUAAGAUCAUUGAGAACUUCCGGGCACUUCCAAAGAUUCGACUCAACGGAAAACCUCCGACCAAACGGGCGGCUGUUCUGAUCCCCCUCUGCUUGGUUGAUGGCCAAGUUAAUCUCCUCUAUACGCUUCGAUCGUCCAAACUCAGCCACCAUCGGGGGCAGGUUUCAUUUCCGGGAGGCAUUCGAGACCCCUCGGAUGACAGCUUCGAAUCGUGUGCGACCCGGGAGGCGGAAGAAGAAAUCGGAAUACCCAGAAGCCAGAUUCGGGUUUGGGGCUCCGGGCAGGAACUGGUGCCCAAUUAUGGUCCGGCGAUAACCCCCGUGGUGGGAACGAUCAACGAAUACCGGAAGGGGGCGUUGCGACCGAAUCCGGACGAGGUGCAAAAGGUGUUCACCGUUCCAGUUGAGCGGUUUCUGGUGCCGGAGAAUCGAAGGCAUACUCAAUUUCGAGCCGGCUACAGCGUGCCUGUUUAUUUGGGUGGCGAGGAAGUGGUCUGGGGUAUGACCGGAAUUAUUACCCAUCUGUUUUUGAUGGCUUUGCUGUCCAAGGAAGAGUAUCCGAGGAAAAUUCCUUAUCUGAAAAAGUACAGCAGUACCUGAAGAGGCGUUGAAGUUGUUAAACAAAGUUUGUUGAGUAAACAAAUUACAUUCUAGGUGCUUUGAAUAUAUAAUCAAUAUUUAACUGUAACUAGCGAAAAAAGUUAUUGAAAUAUACCAUUAUUUACACAA